UUUCCAUUGCAAAGGGAGACGCCGUUCUCGAAAAUGCGAACGGAAUGAGGAGUGCUCUCAGAACAGUCUUCAAAACGGGCUGUAUUCACCCACUUUUGGCUCAAUCUCUUUCUUUUUGACAAUAAACUUUUGACUCAAUCUCGUGUGAAAAAAUGGCGUCCACUUUCAUUCCCUUCUUCCCCGUUGCAACAUUUCAUGGCCAUGGCCACAGAAACCGGAGCUUACACAACCAGGGAAAGUUUCGGAGAAAAUCAAAUUCUAUAAUUUCGGCUGAAAUUUCUGAGAACCCAACGAAAUUAGUUACAUUUCUCGGUAAAGGAGGCUCAGGAAAAACUACAUGUGCCACCAUUGCUGCUCAGUAUUAUGCAAAGAUGGGAUUGCGUACAUGUUUGGUUAUACAUUCUCAAGACCCUACUGCCGAGUCUUUGUUAGGAUGUAAAAUCGAAAGUACUCCUAUUGCAUGUAAUGAGAACCUAUCAGCUGUGAGAUUGGAAACAACAAAGAUGCUUCUUGAGCCUCUUAAACGACUAAAGAAAGCGGAUGCCCGUCUUAAUUUUACACAAGGAGUUCUUGAUGGGGUGGUGGGAGAAGAGCUUGGUGUAUUACCUGGCAUGGAUUCUAUUUUCUCUAUGGGAGCUUUAGAGAGAUUGGGACGUUUUCUUGGAGGAUAUAUCCCCAGACCAGCAGGCAAAACGGAUAAAUUUGAUGUGAUUGUUUAUGAUGGUAUCAGCACUGAAGAGACACUGAGAAUGAUUGGUGCAGCUGAGAGAGCAAGAUGGUAUCUGAAGUAUAUCAGAAAUCUUGCAGAAAAGACUGACAUUGGAAGGCUGACCGCCCCUUCAUUUCUCAAAUUAGUAGAAGAGUCCAUACGGUUUAAUGGGGCAUCUAAUACCAAUGGAAACACAAGUAUGGAAAUUUGGGAUCAAGCAGAUGGAAUUUUGGAGAAAGUAUCGUCUGCCUUUUCAGAUUCCUCGAAGUUCAGCUUCUUCCUUGCAAUGGAUCCCAGCAAUGCAAUGUCUUUAAAUGCAGCACUGCGUUAUUGGGGGUGUGCCAUCCAAGCUGGAGCACACAUUUCUGGUGCAUUUAGCUUUGUCCACCCAACUUCUCCAAAACCCACUAAAGACAUACAAGAAAAACUUUUGCCGUUGACCUUAGCAUAUCUUCCAUUUAUUUCUACAGAUUCUUCUAUAGAGAGUGAUUCAACAGUCAGUUUUUUAACUGAUGAUGUUAGGCGACUGCUCUGUGAAUCUAGCAGCAAUUUGGAGCCAUUGGUUCAGUUUGAUGAGGGCAAGAAAUCAGUGUCACUUUUCAUGCCUGGGUUCGAUAAGUCAGAAAUCAAGCUAUACCAAUAUCGAGGAGGGUCCGAAUUAUUAGUUGAAGCUGGGGAUCAAAGGAGGGUCGUGAGAUUGCCUUCAAAAAUCCAAGGUAAGGUCGCCCGUGCCAAGUUCAACCAAAGGAAACUUAUCGUCACCAUGCGAUGAAACCCCAGGAAAUCAACUUUCUUGAUGCUUUUCUUUCAUUUUCUGUAAAACCAAACCUAGUAGAAGCCCACAUUUUUCAGAACAUCCAAGGCCAGAAAAGAAAAAGAAAGAAAAGAGAAAAAAGCCUAAAGCCUGGUAGCUGCUUU